AUGGAGGAUCGAGAAGUCAUUUCCACUGCAAACAACAUGGUUCUCAAGGACUAUAACGACGGGUCAACCUGUUUCAACACUUGUGUUGUGAUGCGAUCCAAUCGGGGAUCAAAGGAACCGUCACAACAGUUCAGCCGGAAAGCAGACAGCCUGCCACCUAUUCUAUCGACGGCGAUCCAAUCAGGGAUCAGGGGUAGGUUGGGCAAAGGCACAACCCUCAACAUCUACUGCCGACAUCGAUACGACGUUGCAAGGCGCGCUCCCGAAUAUUCCACUCCGAAGAUGGUCUUCCUAUCAAAACGUCGGCUACGGAACAUGCCAGGAGAAACCCACAUGUUCAGAAGUUCUGCUUCCGGUCAAGUAGCGGCGUUUAUUUGGAGGCUCGUUUCGAUGCGACAGCACCACGACGGGGGCCAUCACGAGGAUGGCGAAGAUAACUUUUGUACAGGGUGA